AUUACUCCACUGUCCAAUGAAGCCAUCUCUAUGUCGUCUCAGAAUAAAACCCUGAUAACCGUGGAGGAAGUAGCUCUUCACAUGCUUUUAUUUUGCCAGGUUGGGGUUGGGACUCUGGCCAACAUCCUUCUGUUUGUCAAUAAUUUCUCUCCAAUCUUGACUGACUUUCAAUUGAAGCCCAUACAGGUCAUUCUAACCAACUUGUCUGUGGGCAAUGUCCUCAUUCUCCUCCUCUUGGUAUUUCCAAACAAUAUGACACCUUUUGUUCCAAGGAAGCCCCUAACAGACCUCAAAUGUAAACUCGGUUUCUUCUUUCCCUUGGUGGCUCGAAGUGCAAACAUGUGCUCCACCUGUGCCCUUAGCACCUACCAAUUUGCCACUAUUGCUCCCAGUACCUGGGGUCAAGUGAUGUUCAGAGAUCUAUCCCCCAAGGUCCUGAGUUAUUCUUGUUACAGCUGUUGGUUGUUUGGUGUCUUAAGUAAUGCUUACGUUCCAAUGAAAGUCAGUGGUCCACAGAAAAAGCAGGAUAAUGUUGAUUCUAAAAGCAAGUUGGUCUGCUCUACGUCUGGUUUCAGAACAGGCAUGAGCUUCUUGCGGUUUGCCCAUGACACCGUGUUCAUCAUCAUUAUUGUCUGGACCAGUAUCUCCAUGGUAAUUCACCUGAACAAACACCACCAGAGGGUACAGCACAUUCGCACUCCCAAUCAGGGCCACAGAGGCCAAGCUGAGACCAGAGCAACCCACACCAUCCUGAUGGUGAUGGUCACAUUUGUGUGCUUUUAUCUCCUGGAUUGUGUUUGUAAUAUAUUUCACAUUUCUUUUGGGGACUCUCAUCUCUGGUUGAAGUGGAUCACUGAAGUUUUGACUGCAGGUUUCCCCACUAUCUCUCCUUUACUGUUGAUCCUUAGAGAUCCUAAGGAUCCUUGCUCUGUGCUCUUGCUCUGCUGA